GCGCGCCCAAGAUGGCGGCGCGGUCGUCGUCGGGGGUGGCGGUGGCAGAGGGGGCGGCGGCCGUGGCGGCAGCGGCGACGGCAGCCGUGACGGUGGCGGCGGCGCGGGGCCUGGGCCGGGGGGAAUGAAGCAGCCGUGGCGGGCCAGCGGCCGAGCCGUGUAGCGGAGAAGCGGCUCUCCCUCCCUGCUUCCCUUGGCCGAGCCGGGGACGCGCGCGCGCGCCGCCGUCCGGAGCGGGCUCCCCACCCUCCACUCCCGCGACCCGCACCGCACCCCCACCCGGGCCCGGAGGAUGAUGAAGCUCAAGUCGAACCAGACUCGCACCUAUGACGGCGACGGGUACAAGAAGCGGGCCGCGUGCCUGUGUUUCCGCAGCGAGAGCGAGGAGGAGGUGCUACUCGUGAGCAGUAGUCGCCAUCCAGACCGAUGGAUUGUCCCUGGGGGAGGCAUGGAGCCCGAGGAGGAGCCGAGCGUGGCAGCAGUCCGUGAAGUCUGUGAGGAGGCUGGAGUAAAAGGGACAUUGGGAAGAUUAGUUGGAAUUUUUGAGAACCAGGAGAGGAAGCACAGAACGUAUGUGUAUGUGCUCAUUGUCACAGAAGUGCUGGAAGACUGGGAAGAUUCCGUUAACAUUGGAAGGAAGAGAGAAUGGUUUAAAAUAGAAGACGCCGUUAAAGUGCUGCAGUACCACAAGCCGGUGCAGGCGUCGUAUUUUGAGACGUUGAGGCAAGGCUACUCGGCCAACAACGGCACCCCGGUCGUGGCCACCACGUACUCGGUUUCUUCCCAGAGCUCCAGGCCAGGCGUCAGAUGACUGAAGACUUCGCGUAAGAGGAAUGGAAAUUGGAAACUAGACUGGGGCGCAGAUCUUCCCUCCCUUGCUCUUUUCACCUCUCCUCACAGGCCUCCUCUCCAAAUAAGGCAUGAUGGGCAGCAGAGAAAGGGGUUCUUGAUGGUGUUGCUGUUUGGUGUUAAGUGAUGGGCUUUUUCUUUUCUUUUUAUGGAGGGGGUGGGGGGGUGGGUGUGUAAUUUGUAAGUACUUUUGUGCAUGAUUGGUCCCUCCCUUUUCACACCCCUACAAUUGUCUAGAGAGACAGACAGCCUUCCCUCGGCCUUGGAUUCUGAAGUGUUCUGUUUGUCUCACCCCAGCCCUGGCCAGACGUUUUUUUCUUUGAUUUUUAAUUUUUUUUUUUUAUUAAAAGAUACCAGUAUGAGAUGAAA